AAUGAAUAGUUUUUAUUAUCUCUCUGUGAACAGCAGGCAAAUAAAACAUGUCUGACAAUGGGCGUUCACUUAUUUAACGGCCAUCGUUCAGAACAGUAGAAGCCUUUUGUGCUUGAAUCUGCCCGACAGACUACAGACUGUACGAGUCUGUUUGUGUGAGCGUGUGUAGGUGGCGCUAUGACAACAGAUCUUCCCCUAAACACAAGGUGAAGGACAUGCAUAUACCUGAUGGAGUCAAAGUGAGGCAGCCGUCAGUUAAUGUGCAUUUAGCACUUACCAAGUGAGACAAAUCCCUUCUUUUAACAUUAUAAACCUAUGGAAAACUUUAGGGUCAACACACCUGGCUUACUCUCAUAUUAUUUUUGUGUGCACUUAUUAAUCCGCCUAAAGGGCACCACACCUUUUUUUUUUUUUUUUUUUUUUAUAUUUCCAAGCAGUGAGGCGACAGAGCUCAGCAGCAUGUUUAAAUUUGAAGUGGAUGAGGUCUCUUGUUAGUGAUCUGGCACGCUCUCUGUGUCUGUGGGCGGGGAGACAAAGUGUCAGGUUUUGUUUGGUGCUUCUCAGAUUUACCACGUAAACACUUACACAGCUCACACACAAACAAGGCUGCGGUGAGAGCUGCAUGUUUGUGAGGUCGGGACCCACAUUAGUGCCUACAGCCUCAUUUGGAACAGGAUUUAUAACUCUGGAGAGAAGGAAGGUGGAGGGGAAGUUUACACAACCUUCUUUGAUUCAUCUCUGCCAGAGAACGCUGGGUAACUUUUUUUAUAUAAUUGUAUCAAAUUUGAUGAUUCAUCAAAACUCCUCCAACAUAAAAGAAAGAUCUGAUGUUGACUAUCCUGUUUUUGUGAUGCUCUUAUGUGUAGUGUAAAAAUGCUGCAUGGCUGCCUCCCUGGUGUUCAGACUUCAUGACAAGGGUCCCAAGCUGGUGAGGGAGGUGCUGCUCGAGCGGGGAUGGGAGGAAUACGACGAAGAAGAGAGAGAGGACGAGGACUGGAACCUGUACUGGAGGGGCUCUGCCUUUCGAAACGCAGAGUAUCACCACCUGUUGCCAUGGCAGCGACUCAACCACCAUCCCAAGACUGCUGGAAUCACACGCAAGGACUGCUUGGCCCGCAACCUGCGGAGGAUGAGAGCCACAUUUGGUUCGGCUCUUUACGACUUCAGUCCCGUCGCCUUCAUCCUCCCCAACGACUACACCCGCUUCCUGUCUGAAUACGACAAACUGCGCCCGACCCGAGGACCUCCGGCGUACUGGAUAUGUAAACCUGUAGAUCUCUCCAGGGGCCGGGGAAUCUUCCUCUUCGAGGACCUCAAAGACUUGGUCUACGACUGCUCGGUGAUCGUGCAAAGGUACAUCAGCGACCCCCUGUUGAUCUCCGGCUACAAGUUUGACCUGAGGAUCUACGUCUGUGUGAAGAGUUUCCACCCGCUGACGGUUUACAUCCACCAAGAAGGCCUGGUGCGGUUUGCCACAGAGAAGUACGACUUGGCAUCGCUGCGGAACUUUUACGCUCAUCUGACCAACACCAGCAUCAACAAGUUCGGCCCGUUCUACAGGACGGAGAAAGAACGAGUGGGCCGAGGGUGCAAGUGGACUAUGAGCAAGUUCAGGCAUUUUCUUCACAGCCAAGACGUCAACCAGAAUCUUUUAUGGCAGAGGAUCAACAACAUCGUGACCCUGUCCCUCCUCACGAUCGCUCCAUCUGUCCCUUCCUGUCCCAACUGCGUGGAGCUCUUCGGCUUUGACGUCCUCGUCGACGUUAGGUUUAAACCUUGGCUGUUGGAGGUCAACUACAGCCCGGCGUUGACUCUGGACUGCCCGGCUGAUAUCGCGGUGAAGAAAAGGCUGAUCGGCGAUCUCGUCGAUCUGAUGAACUACACGUUGGUCGACGGCUUGAGGGAGAAGGCGUAUCAGAGACGAGGGUGCGAGAAGUCUUGGUUCCACGCUAACCUGCCCGCAAAUUCUUCAAUACCCGUGUUCCCAAAGUUUAAGAAACCCAAAUUCCAAAAGCAAAGUAGUGGAACCCAGCCGUUGCAAACUCAGGCACUUCCUGUUCUUAAAACGAAUCACCGGUUUGAAAAAAGACAACACAAGCAGAGUUCUGUUGUAGCUUACACUCAAAGAUUUCUUCCCCCAGUUGACUUAAACAAGAGACAGGCAACCAGGGACAGGAUCACUACCAGAAACCAUAAGGACAAGACCCUGAACUGGAUACUCGGCCCACGUUCAAGGACAAAUGUGACGACGGUAAACAGACGGGCAUGCCCAGCUCUUGCUGCGAGGCUGACGGACAACAGAAGUCUCCUCAAGUCUGAGGUUACAAACUGUGACGACACUGAAACAGAAGCUGAGGCCGAUGAGCUCUCGGCAGAGGCAGACGUUUCCUCUUCGGUACUUGAUACCCCACAGAGGAGGCAUGGACUCAGAUGUCCUGCUGUGCCCUGGAAGCUCCCAGACAUCCACAGUGCGAGACACGAGGAGGAGAGGAUUCCUUUCGACGAGAACACGGCACACAACAGACAACAUGUUCCUCCACUCAGAGUCGGAGACUUCAUACGGACGUUUCCGUUUAACACAGCCACCCUGAGGGCCGCACAGCAGGAACUGGAUAUUAAAGUUAUCACGCGGGAGCUCCGAAAGCUGACGGGUCGGCUGGCAAAAGCAGACAAAAAGAGGAGGACGGAAAAAGAGGAGGAGAAGAAGGACGAAGACGAAGAAGAAGAAGAAGACUUUGAUUCACUGCUGUGGGGGCCAAAAGAUCCUCCUCUGAUUAGUCAGUGCUUGAAAAGACAAUAGGUAAUGUUACUAUUUUAUACAAUUUACUGGUUUGAUUUUGACCUUUUAAGACUGUGAGGUUGAAAUCAAGAUCUGGCACAGGAAGCAUAUCGACUUGCAGAGCGUGGACGUGUAAUGACACCAUCUUUUGUCCGUCAUCAUGAAUUAUUGUCGGGGUGCUUAAAGACCACUUAACAGUGUUUUAUAAACCUGCAUGAUGUGACACUAACAUGAUUUAAAGCACGGACACAAAGGUGAACUCUAGAUCUUCAGAACGAUAGAAACACGGGUUAAGAUAACAGAAAUUAGAUUUUUUAAAGAUGUGCAGCGUAUUUUACUGUUUCUUAUCUAUUUAAGGUAUUUUACAGGGUAUCUGUCUCACCAUGACAAAAUAUUUAAUUAUUAUUAACAAACCAAAUAUAUCAGUCUAAAGGCCUCGCACACUGAAUCUUUUUUUUUCCGAUGCAGUUUUUCGACCGUUUAUUUUUCUAUUAAUAUCAAAAAUUUGCAGUAUGAGACAAAACGUCUGUGAAGAUGAUUUAGUGCUU